AUGUCCUCAUCACGUUUACCCUUCGAGGGAGAAACCGAUGAGUUGAAAGAUGUCCAUGGACUGGAAGUUAGCGGUUGUAGUGAUCGGUUCCCCGAAUUGAUUCACGUUCAAUCGUGGGAUCCAUCGCACACGGCUGACGGAAAGUUCAUGAAGGUGUCUCGACUGAGGCACGCUGUGGACGAAAGUUCAACAGCUGGUUGGCCCCUCACCAACAUCGAGGCUGGCACCAGUGAGUGUAAAGAUGCCCAUGGACUGGACGUCGGCGGGCGCAGUGACCGAUUCCCCCAAUUGAUUCACGUUCAAUCGAGGGAUUCGUCGCUCUCCGCUGAUGGAAAGCUCAUGAAGGUGUCCCCGACACACACUGUGGACGAAAGUCCAAAAGCAGGUCCGUCCCUCAACUACACCGAGGGACUGGAAGCUAGUGUUCGAGGUGGCCGUGUCCCUGAUCUGAAUAACAUCCAGUCACGGGAUGCAUGGCCCUCCACUAGCAGAAAGCGGGAAGACAGCCCAAAUGUACAACGUGGUGAAGGGAGGAAUGGCGCAGGGAUCUGCGGGUUCAUCAAAGGAACUUGGAUGGCUGCAAAGCGCCAUUUCCUCAGCCGCCACAAAGUGGAGCCUUUCGCUCCACCACUACAACCGGACACAAGUUUAUUUAAUCCAAGGCUGUCUGUCCCGUGUGCAUCCGAUGCACGUCCGGUUAUUAAUGACAGUGCAGCUAGGGUUUGGUCAAUGCCAGGCCAAACUUCUGACGCGGAUCUCAUUUCUGGAGCGGACGUCAGGUCCCAUUCGGACAAGUCCCAUUCGGACAGCACGUACCCUUCGUACAGCUUGUCCCUCUCCGACUAUGGCUGCGGAGUUAUUGGUGAGCCAGCACCAAUGCUGUUUACCUUAAGCAGCGAUUCUUUCCCUGAUCAGUCAGAAGCAUCUUGUAUGGCAACUGACAGCAGCUCCAGUGAAAGCUCUUACAAAACAUUCACUGUUGAUCAAGGCAUAAAAGAGCAAGCACUAUUUUUUCCUGUCGAUGAGUGCGGAGCGGAUCAGAGGAAAGAUGUUGACAGAUCGAAGCUGUUUAGCCUUAGCAGCAAUUCUUUCUUCUAUCAGUCGAAAGAAUCUCGUCUGUCAACUGAAAGCAGCUCCAGUGAGAGCUUGUACGAAACAAACACUGUUGAAAACAGUACAAAGGAAGAACCCACAAGACUGGACAGUGAUCAUGGCAUGAAAGAAGAAAUUGCCACAACGAAAAAGCAGACAGGAAUCUGUGGGUAUUUUAAGAGAAAGUGGGAGAAAGCAAUGCAAACCUUAAACUGCUGUUUUAAGGGUAAAGUGGAACCGAUGGAGGCAUACACAACUCUUCUAAUGAAGCUCUUUUUGAGCCUACAGAGGGAGUUGUGGAGUCUUACUAUAAGUUUGGCAAAUUGCUGGGAGAAGGAGGAUUUGGAUUGGUCCGUACUGGUACCCGCAUUUCUGAUGGCAAAGAGGUUGCCAUUAAAAUAAUUUCCAGGCGGCUGAGUAGAGAGACCAUUGUUAUUCCGGGCCAUUCCAAACCUCUGCCUGUAGAAGUGGCACUAUUGAUUAAGAUGAAUCAAGCUCCCAUAAGUCAAUAUGCCAUAAAAAUGUUGGAAUGGUUUAUAGACUCACAAGACAUCGUGAUCAUUAUGGAGUACCCUCA